AUGGAAGAAGAUUUUCCCCCUCUACCUCUUGCUGCGACAUAUGCGGGUAGUACCAAUAUUCUUCCCGUGCACCCGGCUACAGUGCCUACAACCGGAGCACCAGUCCUUAUUAUCCGUGAGGAUGGUGAUAUGGUCCUUGUCUGUGAUAUUUCGUCUCAUAACCCUUUGUCUAAAUACGAGAGGUGUCUGGUCAGGUUAUGCAGCCUGGAAAUAAGGCGCACUAGUGAUUAUUUCAAAGUGCUGUUAGAUCCCGAGAAGUUCCAAGAAGGUAGAUCACUUCUGCAAAGCCAUGGACUGAUGGAAGCUCAACAUGGUUCCAAAAAAGCGGCUUUGGAAGCAGUUUGUAUAGACCAGCUCUUUCACAUGAAACUUGAGCUCCCGCCUUUAUCCACAAAAGCGAACUUGAAGGAGGCCUUGACCUUAUACUUCCAAAUUUUAUGCCUCGAUCAGGAAGAAUACCCAUCGGACUCAGGUGGUGUGUUCAUGCGACUUAUCAAUAGCCCAGUCUCCCUGUUGGCUAGCCUGAUAGUUCUGUCGGAUAGGUUUGUUUCAUACCCGGCUUUGAGGCGAGCGUUUCGGUUAGCCCAACCAUUAGACAAUGGGAAAGCGAUUGCUCCUUCAAGGAUAUUACAACGGCUCUGGAACUUUGAAAGCAGUGAUGAAGAACGGGUCAGGGAGGCUAUAUUCCUGGCCCUCUUCUUCCAAGAGCCGAAAUCUUUCGGUCGUCUGACGCAAUUGUUGAUUCUCCGCGGCUCGAUUAACUGGAUGGCAAAUAAACCUAGCGGCCAUGCUGGCCUUGAGAAGCCCUUAUGGUGGCACUUUCCAGAGGGAAUAGAGGAGGAGCUCCAAAUUCGGCAUGAUAGUAUACUCGACACCAUCAAUGAGGUCCAAAACUACUUUCUUGCUGCUUAUGGGGCAGUUAAUCCGUAUCAGACACUGCAAUCUUCAUCUUGUGGCCCGGUAAUGCAGCCAACCCGACAACUGCAAUGCCGCCGUGUCCUGGCAAAUUCUAGGGCUUGUGACUCUUUUCAGCUAGGCGAGAUGAUCCACUUUCUUACUUCUCGGUCUAAGACAUUAUUUUUGGAAUCUGCAAUAUAUACUGAGUCUGGUAUUAGAACUUGUGAAGAUGAAAAUGAAGAUUUGAAUGGAGCUGAAGAUUUCUCCCAGGAGUGUCAGGACACAAGCGGUAUGCUUAGGGAGGACUCUGGGAGGCAGUAUUUACCGAACCAAGCGGAAGCUACGGCGAAUAUUAACUCCCUAAUUUCAUAUCUGAGGCAAUGUCCGGAGUACCAACUGGAUUCUUACCACCUAGGAUGUGGGCUUCGUCGUCGCCUUACUCCUCUUCUUGAUCAUAUUGCUAAAUUUAUUGGCCCCCAAAGUUUUAUUGGUCUAUGCCUAAAGCACAAUCGCUAUGUUAUGGGUGGGCAUGAUUCUUGGGGAAAUAGCCAAUUUCGCGACAGAGUGUCUGUGUUGGCGAGCGCCCAUAUGCCGGUUUCUAUUACAUUUACUAAUCCUGGUACAGUAAGUUUGGAAAAAAGUACCAAAUCUAAGAUGGCUGACUAUUGCGGUUGCAUUCCGAAAUCAAUGGAAGCAAGGGGUUUUUUUACGGCGAAGAAACGAAGGUGGGAAUACUAG